UGCAGAUCCCUCUCUGGGGGUGGGUUUCAGAGCAGUGUCCUCGGAGGGCAGAGCUGGAGUGUUGUCAGAGCUUUUCUCUUUUAGCUGCCUGGUUUCUCUGUUCUUCAGUGCUGAGGGAGGGCAGUGAAAAGGAGGCAAACAAUGAGCAGCCCCUGUGUGACCUGAUGCAGACUUGCAAGGGAUACAGUCUGGAGGUCUGUCUGAGAUCUGGGAAGGGUGUCCUGGCUUCUGAAAGCCACUGGAAUUAUGAAAACAUUUAGAAACUGCCACGAGCUCCGUCACGUGGGUUUGUGCCCCAGGAAAUGUGUCUGUUCCUUGCUUUUGGCUUGCUGUAAAAUCAAACGGGAAGGUGACUUUUAGAGGCACCUCUUUCACACCUGGAAUGAAGAGUUACUGUUUCUGCUGACCCAGGGGGCGAAACAAAGCAAACUAGAAAGAGUAAGGUCAGGUUUGCUGCUCUCAGAAACCACGAGCUGACCGUGGGGAGUGCCUGGAUCGGGUAGAAAUUAAUUACUUUUCUACAUGUCUGAUAAAUACCGGCAUUGUUACAGCAUAAGGCAUUUUUCAAAUGAAGUUUUUAGAUUUCAGUUUUGCGGCUGAAUUGAAAAGACUUUGGUUCACUAAAAGCAGGUGUCAGCACUGCCACAGCACUGGCAGGAAGACUGUUCUAAACUCAGCUUUAGUUUGUAUAAGCAGAAAUUUUUUCCCCUGCUUGUAAGCAUUUAUAUUAAUUGAUGAAAAAUUACUUUAGUCAUCACUUUUCUAACUUCCUUGAGGAGAUCACCCUUCCUCCUUAAUUUCUCUUUCUUCUGGUUGACAAAUGAUCGUGCUUUUAUACAUGAGACUUGAAGUAAAAACAUCCAAAACAACUACUCAGUCAGCACGCUAAGUAGGAUGCUGAAAACCAAAAUUCAGUCUUGUCUGAUGUUGAAUUGAACUCAGAGCUGGCCUUGGAAGUUGCUUUCAGUUGUGUGGUAUUUAGCAAAUGAUUGCUCUCUGAUCCACCUUAAUAAGAAGCUGCUGGCAAGAAUACUGCAAGUCAUGUGGGGAGCGUUUUGGAAAAGUACCUUAAACUUUGAUAACAGCGUAGUAAGUUUAUCUCAGUGUUAUGGAAUACAAGCAGGUAGGAAUUGCCUCUGCACUGGAAUGCUGUGCAUUUGAAAUCAGUAGAGUUGCUGGAUGUCUGGUGUUUUUCAAAAGCGUGGUGAGAAAACUGUGGGAGUCUUGGAGGAAAACCCGGCUGUAAACUGUGAGGGAACUGUACUGAGAGUGCAGUGCAGGUGAGCUCAGGAGGAGCCUCUUACAGCCACCAGCACGCUGAUGGGGGGGUGGAGGGGUGUUUGGGUGUUUGUUCUGUCAUUUUUAUCCAUUUCUCCGUCUGACCCCAGGAGUGGAGUCAGCAGGUCAGAUUUUCUUUCAGCUCUGUGUUUGCAUCAGGUGGUUCAUUCCAUCCUGGCGUAGCCACUGUGUCCCCACUGUGGAGGGUCCCUGGGGGCAAAAAAGUGUAAUUUGUUUCUUUUUCAAAGCCCCACACAUCUGAGUUAAUGGCAGUGUGGUUGCAUUUGCACUUUGUACUUACUGGUGUUCUGUGUUGAUUGCUCCUUUGCCUUUAAAAGUGCCGUUGUUUCUUGUUUUGAAUGGUGUUCCAUCAUUGAUAAGGUUGCCUGUUUCUGUCAAUAUUUAGAGCCAACACAGCCAAGAGCUUCAGCUGGUCUGGCCUUGUGUGUCAGCAGGAUGGUUUGUCACGUUCCGUUGCCGGGGAUCCCUUGCUGCUGGUGAUGGGUGAGCCUGCACAAACACAGCUUCCCUUGCACAUCCCAGGCUCCUCUUUAGCCCACUGUCCUGAAGACAAGGGGUUCUGGCUGACCAGGAGUCUCUGUUAGCAGUUCAGGUUGGCUGGAGAAUGGAAGGUGUUGAGUUCAAGGAAGAAUGGCAAGAUGAAGAUUUCCCAAGGCCCCUGCCAGAGGAUGACCCUGUUGAGUCUGAAACGUUGGCUGCAGCUGGAACAGAAAGCCAGGCUGAGGUUAAUGGAACCAAAGUGAGGAAGAAACUAGAGGCUCCAGAGAUCAGCUUAAAUUUGGAUCCCAGUGAGGAAACUGUUUUGUCUGAUGACCUGGAUGAGAGUGGAGAGAUUGAUCUGGAUGAUAUAGAUACUCCUUCAGAAAACAGUAAUGAAUUUGAAUGGGAAGAUGAUCUUCCAAAACCCAAAACUACUGAUGUGCUGAGGAAGGGCUCCCUGGCCGAGUACAGGGAGGCAGAGGAGAAGGAUGACGGGCGGCGCUGGCGCAUGUUCAGGAUCGGAGAGCAGGACCACAGGGUGGACAUGAAGGCCAUCGAGCCCUACAAAAAAGUGAUCAGUCAUGGGGGUUAUUAUGGUGAUGGGUUAAAUGCCAUCGUUGUGUUUGCUGUUUGCUUCAUGCCUGAAAGCAGCCAGCCUAACUACAGAUACCUGAUGGACAAUCUAUUUAAGUAUGUGAUUGGCACUUUAGAGCUGUUGGUAGCUGAGAACUAUAUGAUAGUUUACCUGAACGGUGCAACCACACGCCGGAAAAUGCCCAGUUUGGGCUGGCUCAGGAAGUGUUACCAGCAGAUUGACAGAAGGUUAAGGAAAAAUCUGAAAUCACUGAUUAUAGUUCAUCCUUCUUGGUUCAUCAGAACACUCCUGGCCAUCACAAAACCUUUUAUUAGCUCCAAAUUCAGCCAAAAAAUCAGGUAUGUCUUCACCCUGGCAGAGCUAGCUGAGCUCAUCCCCAUGGAGUACGUUGGCAUCCCCGAGUGCAUCAAACAGUAUGAAGAAGAAAAGUUUAGAAAGAAACAGAAAAGAGUUGACCAAGAGCUGAAUGGAAAACAAGAGCAGAAAAGUGAACAGUAAGUUUGGAGUGCAAACAAGACUGAAGAAUAUGCAGAUGGGAUGAUGCUGUUUCCAUUUCCAAUGUGUUCUCUGUGUAUGUAUCAUAUAACCUGUUGCAAAAGGUGCUUUGGACUAGCACAAGAACUGCUUCCUGCUGUACUGGUUUGUCUUGACUUUAAUAGCUGUUUAUGUACUCGUUUUAUACUGCAAAAUGUCGAAGAACCCUGUGUUUUUCAGAGGAUGUUCUUGCAAUUGUUUAUCUAAAUGAUGCAUGUCCUUCAGUAAAAUAUUUAUAUACCUAAAUGUUAAAGGAAAGAGAUAAUAUAUAUUUUUAUGACUGAGCAAUAUAUUGUGUGUACCUGCUGAAGGAGUUCAUUUGCAGGUAGGCAAGGCCAUAAGUUACUUGUUUUUACUGUAUAAAUCUGUUUUGCUGUAAAUGGUCAAGUGCAUUUCCUCAUUGUUGCAGAUAUAUUUGUUUGGUUAUUAACAAUCACAUGAAGUCUUUCACGAGUGCAGAGCCCCUUCUUUUGGCUCACACACCCAACUGAGGCUCCCUCCUUCCCCUCCCUGCAGGGAGGCUCCCUGGGCAGUGCCAGUGCCCUGUGCAGGGUGCAGAACUGCAGUUCUGGGAGCAUCAGGCUCUUGGCCAGGGGCUUCAAGGCUGAGCCACAACAGCAGCUGAACUGUUUGAAUGAUGGGAAGGUGUCAGAGCUUCCUCAGCUGAAGCUGUGCAUGCAGGCUCUGCUCAGCCCAUGCAGCCUGUCUGAGCUCCUGCUGGGAAGCCACUUCAUUGCAGUUCUUCCUGGGUGAGUCCUGCUUGGCCAUGGCAGGAACUCUGGUCACACUCAGUAGAACUUGGGAGUUAUACAGUUAUCCCAGCCAUAAUACCAUUGUUUUGGCAGAAGUAUGGGGAGUCUUGUGCUACCUGUGUCAUCCCUGGAGAUGAACCGGCUGUUUCUAAAGCUCUUAGUUCGGCACAUGAUGCAGCAUUACUUUACCUUUACAAAAGUGAUUUAAAGGUUGGUUUUUUCCGCUCUCCACAAUGGUGGUAAACCUGUGUCUGUAGGAGGUGUUCCUGGACACAUCACUACUGUUUAUACAUUUAUUGAGGCAAUCAUAAUGCAGUGGUGGAUAUGUUGGAGAAGUUUGUAACAUCUUCUGAUAAACAUUGCAAUUCCCUGGAAGGGCAGGUGCGUGCAAAUAAAUUCAUUCAGGAGUUGAGCAAUAUAAUGUUCUAGCAAAUAUAUUAAAUCUUUGCUUUCGGUGUUUACUGUGCUCACAAUUUUGUCUUUGCCAAAAAAUACCACUUCUCAAUGACACCUGAAGUUCAUGUUACUCAGUUACACUAUUAGAAAAAAUCUGGUUGUGUCCCAGCAGAUUGCUGCCUGACACUGCUAAACAGCAGCUGAGAGAGAGCUCUGGGCUCAAGACUUAGCAAUUAAGAACCCAUCUGCUGUCUCCAGUGAUGCCUGUACAGACUGGGAGCAUACUGCUGGCAGGUGAGGGCAGCUUGCCGUGUCUCUGGGAGGGUAAGUGUGCAGUUCAGGGCUGUCCCUCUGAGAUUUAAGUGCUUUUGUUACAGUAGUUUCAAAGAGAUGAAUAAACAGGGUGUACUUGUGUAAGAGGCAGUACCAGUGUCAAGGUGCCUUGCAUCCAUUCCCUCAGGUCUGGAUCUUGCUCUGAAGGCAGAGCACAAAUGCAGACAGUUUCUUUGGGCUGUCUUAUCUCCCGCUGCAGUGUCCAUGUUGACCCCAAUUAAUGUAAAGUCAGGUCAGUAAACUGGGCGCUUGCAGCCUUCUGAUGCUUGGACAGUGUGGUGUGUCUGUACAUGCAAACCUGAUUUUUCCUGGCUCUCUGUGGGUCCUAAGCCAAACAGGAAGCAUUCUGAUGAUCUCAUUUCCAUUUUUUCCUAUUUGACAAAAGGUUUCUUCUCAGAGGGGCUGCAGUUCUCUCUGCCCUGUUCCUCCCUGUGUACAGUGCAGUGUGGAGUAGCCAGUGCUCUGCAUGUGCCAUAUUUACCUAACUAUGGGAUUGUUGUGUUCCCUGCUGGCCAAGUGAGUCCCCAGUUCUGUGCUGCAGGAGUCUGAUUUCUUUUGGAGAUGUGUAUGUGCUUCCCAAAUGGCUUAUUUCUCCAGUGUAAGUUGUUGUGAGUGGAUACACGGCACAACAGCUCCCUAAAGAUAAGCAGCCUGAGAAAGAGGUGUACUAAAGAAUUAUCCCCCUCUGACUUCUUGCAGCUCAUCACUGAAUGGUGAGGUGGAUGUUUACAAAAAGCAAAAAGUGGUCCCAAAGUUAUGAGUAAUGUUUUGUCAAACUUAUCUUUUUUUGAAAUCUAUAAUAUGAUGUAAUAUAUUUUAAUAAUUAAAACCAUGAAAAGUUGGAAUGUCGUACUUUAAUAAAAAUUAUUUCAAAACUUGAAUAAA